UUAAAAAUAAUACCAAGGUAGAAAUUUAUUCUUAGUUUCCUAAUCGAUCCAGAGCUACGUGUUCAGAGAAAAGUUUAAACUUCUUCAAGACUACAGGUGUGGCUGAUAUAUUUGGAUGCCGACAAAUUAGCUUCCCAGAAACGAGGGUCUAGUCGAAAUUUUGAAUGAUACAAACCCAGAGAAUAGGACAAUGCUGUAUUCGAGGAAUUUAUAUUUAUCAGUGGUGCUGUUAUGUGUGACUUAUCUUGAAUUGGCGUUAGGAGUAGGUUAUGAUUACACCUUCGAACUGGAAGAUAACGCCAAGACGUGUUUUUCAGAGAUAUACGAUGAAUCGCAAGAGAUAAUCUUCGAGUACAAAGUCAUUCGUGGCGGGAAAUUGGAUGUUGAUGCAAAAGUUAUUUCACCAAAUGGGAAAAUACUUUACAAACAAAGACAGAAGCAGUUCGAUACCUUUGAGCUCGAACCACAAAAUGGAGAGUUCAAAUUUUGUUUUAGUAAUGAAUUCUCAACAAUUAGUCAUAAAGUCAUCUUCUUUAGCAUUCGUCCGAAAAAUGUGAAAUCGUUAUCCGGACAAUUGGGUUUAAAAGUUCCUACAGUGAAGUCCGCUUCCGAAACUUCAAUGGAUAACAUCAAUGAAUAUAUGACGGCUGUUGUGGAUUUCCAGAGAAUAUAUCGUUUAAAAGAAGCCAUUGGGCGCCAUCUUGGAGAAAAUUUAGGACAGAGAGUUAUGUGGUGGUCCGUGUUUCAGACUAUUAUUAUUGUAUCUACGGGCUUCGGUCAGGUUUUAAUUCUAAAGUUUUUAUUCACUGAGAAAAGGAGAUCAUCAAAGCAAAAUGAACAAUAAUAGUCAUUUUUAUAGCUUUAUCUUAUAAAUUAUUAUUAAAACAUU